AACAGCUUUCAGCCAGGCUUUGUGGGCAAAGGUGACUAUGUUAUUGGAGGGAUAUUUCCUCUUCAUUAUAACCAGGAAAUGCCAGACCUUAACUCUACCUACAGACCACCUCCAGUGAAAUGCAAUGGAUUUGAUCCUCGAGCUUUCCGCUGGGCUCAAACCAUGAGGCUGGCAGUGGAGGAGAUAAACCAGAGUCCAGAGCUUCUACCCAAUCACACUCUGGGGUAUAAAAUUUUUGAUUCAUGUGCAUAUCCACUGACCGGCCAGAGAGCUGCUCUGGCUGUGCUGAACGGGAUCAGUGAGGAAGACUCUCCGACGUGUGACGGUGCGUCUCCACUCCUCGCUGUAGUCGGAGAAUCUGGAUCCGCUCAGUCCAUUGUGGUGUCACGGAUCCUGCGGCCGUUCAGGAUCCCCAUGAUCAGCUACUUCUCCUCAUGCGCAUGUUUCACUGACAGAAGGAAAUUUCCAACUUUCUUUAGAGUAAUUCCUAAUGAUGACUAUCAGGUAAAAGCUAUCGCUCAGCUGCUGUUUCGCUUUAACUGGACUUGGGUAGGGUUGAUCCGAGGAGACCAUGAAUACGGCCGCUUUGCUGUGCAAGGUUUAAUCAGGGAGUUACAGGGUACCCCGGUGUGUGUGGCGUACCAAGAAAUGAUCCCACUACUUUACAACCGGAAGAAAGCUCUGGAGAUCAUGCAGGUGAUGCGAAGCUCAAUGGCUAAAGUGGUGGUGGUAUUCUCUGCUGAGGGAGAAAUGACGCCCUUCUUGAGAGAUUACAUGGAGGAGAACAUCACUGGGAUCCAGUGGGUGGCAAGUGAGGCUUGGGUCACUGCAUCUGUCUUUACAGGCAGCGAGUAUGACCCCUACUUGGGAGGCACCAUUGGUUUUGGAAUAAGGAAAGGUCACAUCUCCAGACUCAGCGACUACCUGCAGACGGUAAACCCUCGGGUGUAUCCCGAUAAUGUCCUGGUGGAAGAAUUGUGGGAGGCUCUUUAUGGCUGCAGUCCCUCAAAAUCCGCACGAUCACAGUUUCCGCCCUGCUCAGGACAGGAGUCACUCCUGGAGCAGCAUUCAGCCUACAUGAAUACUACAAGUCCACGAGUGGCCUAUAAUGUGUAUAAGGCUGUGUAUGCAGUGGCUCAUUCUCUGCACAACCUUCUUCUCUGUGAAGCGGGCAGUGGGCCUUUCCAAAACAACUCAUGUGCUCAAAGCAACAACAUAUUCCCAUGGCAGCUCCAGUACUACCUCCAGGAAGUGACAUUUAACAUUGGCGAAGAGGAGGUGAACUUUGACUUGAAAGGCGACUCCAUCCCCUAUUAUGACAUUAUAAACUGGCAGAGGGGCUCAGGUGGAAACAUUGAGUUCAUCAACGUGGGGUUGUUUGAUGGAACCAAACCUGCCGGUGAGGAGCUGGUGGUCCAAGGCGACAGGAUAAAGUGGGCAGGGCAUCAGAGUGAGGUGCCGCUGUCUGUGUGCAGUGCCAGCUGUCUUCCAGGGUACCGGAAGGCUGUCCGUCGUGGGGAGCCUGUUUGCUGCUUUGACUGUGUACCAUGUGACAGUGGCAAAAUUAGCAAUCAGACAAACUCAGUAGACUGCACCGUUUGUCCAGAGGACUUCUGGUCCAACGACGACCGGACAUCCUGCAUUCCCAAGAAGGUGGAGUUCUUAGCCUAUGACACACUGGGGAUCAUCCUGACAGUCAUCUCUGUGGUGGGCGCCUGUCUCACCAUAGCUGUUUUCACAGUGUUCUUCUACCACAGAAACACAGCCAUAGUCCGCGUGAAUAAUUCAGAGCUCAGCUUCUUCAUCCUCUUCGCGCUGACACUGUGUUUUCUUUGCUGUCUCGUUUUCAUCGGGGAGCCAACGUUUUGGUCCUGCAUGCUCCGCCAUACUGCCUUUAGCAUCACAUUUUCUCUUUGCAUCUCAUGCAUCCUGGGGAAGACGCUGGUGGUGUUGGCUGCUUUCACUGCCACCAGGCCGGGGGACAACAUAAUGAAGUGGCUGGGCCCUAAGCAGCAGCGGGGUAUCAUUUUCAGCAGCACUCUGGUUCAAGUAGUAAUCUGUGCCGCUUGGCUAAUCGAUGCUCCCCCUUAUCCAUCCAGAAACACAAAAUAUGAACGAUCCAAGAUCAUACUGGAGUGCAGUGUGGGAUCCAGCCUGGCAUUCUGGUGUGUUUUGGGCUAUAUUGGUCUUCAGGCCUGCCUCUGCUUUGUGUUGGCAUUUCUGGCCAGGAAGUUACCAGGGAAUUUCAACGAGGCCAGAUUCAUAACUUUUAGCAUGCUGAUCUUCUGCGCUGUGUGGCUGGCUUUCAUCCCUGCUUAUAUCAGCUCCCCUGGAAAUUAUGCAGAUGCAGUGGAGUCAUUUGCAAUUCUGGCUUCCAGCUUUGGCCUCUUGUUCUGUCUGUUUGCUCCAAAGUGUUACAUUAUUUUACUGAAGCCUGAGAAAAAUACAAAACAACAUUUAAUGGGAAAAGAGAAGAAGUAG